AUAACAGAAGCAUUGAAUACAAUGAUUAGUUCACAUCAGGUGUUUUGUUUCUAUUGUUUUAUUAUUAGUGUAAAUUGUCUGAGGAAGCCCACAUAUCCUGGAUCCUUGACAGACCUCCAUAGGUUCAGAAAAACCGCCCAUGGCCAUGAUGGCUCUAGUAGGAUUGUUAUGGUAAGAAAGACUGAUCAAAGGACGUUUGCUUCCAUACAAGACGGACAGGAACCUAAAUUGGAGACUAUCACGCGAGAGACAAUCGAAACUUUCAGGGGAGAAAGGACUGAAUGCAAAAUCACAACUGAAAAGAAAGAUACGGAAGAAAAGUGCCCUCCAGACAUAAUAGAAGCUUUGACCGAUAAAGUUUUAAGGUCAAACACAAAACCUAGCGUAAAGAAAAAGAAUUCCAAAAUGGACUUCCAGCAAGAGUGCCUUCAAGCUCACAAUGCAUAUAGACUUAAGCACGGCGUCCCUCCAUUAAAGCUCAAUAAGGAAAUGUAUAGAGUUAGCCAAGACUGGGCUAAUAAUUUGAUAAAAAAGAGUGUCUUAAAACAUAGCAAUAACAGAGACUACGGAGAAAACUUAUUUUGUAUCCAAUCAUCUAAUCCUAAUUUUACCGUUAAUGGAAGUAAAGCUGUGGAAAAUUGGUAUGAAGAGAUCAAGUGUCAUACAUUUGGGGUUGAACCGAAUAGUUUAGCAUCAGGACACUUCACACAGGUGGUGUGGAAAGAAUCUAGGGAACUGGGGGUGGCAUUCGCCAAAUCUGGUGGAAAGAUCAUUGUAGUGGCUAACUAUGCACCGGCUGGAAACGUAAUAGGCCACUUUGCAGAAAAUGUUCCACCUGUAGGAGGUUUCAGAAGUAAUAACAAUCACAUAGAUCUAUCAGAAAGCGUUGGUAAAUUGUCAAUUGGUUCAACAAGGUCUUUCACACAAAAGGUAAAUCAGAAUCCCACAGAAGGCAACUUCGAAGAGGAUUUUCUUGAAGCGCACAACAACUAUAGAAAACGCCACGGAGUGCCACUUCUUAAACUAGACAAAAAACUUUGUAAAUAUAGCCAAGAAUGGGCAGCCUAUCUAGCUCAACGAAACAUACUCGAACACAGACCUGGCAGUAACUAUGGAGAAAACAUUUACUGCAUUUAUUCUUCCGAUCUGAACUUUACUGUCAAUGGGCAUACCCCAGUAGAUACUUGGUACGAAGAAGUUUCAGAGCAUCCGUUUGGAAGAGAACCUAGUAACUUGAAAUCAGGACAUUUUUCCCAAGUAAUCUGGAAGUCUAGUGAAUUUUUAGGAGUUGGUGUCGCCAAAAACUCACAAGGUAGCAUCUAUGUUGUUGCCAACUACUCUCCGGCCGGAAACUUUGUAGGCCACUACGUAGAGAAUGUUCCUCCCGUAAAGCCUACUUGGUUUUCAGAAAGUAAAGCCCUAUCGUCGUCGAAAAAGGAAACCAGUCCGGGAACCUCGUUAAGAUCUCUUGGUUCUCCUUCUGGCUCGUCUACUCAAGGAAGUUUUACCGAUUUCGUACUUGAAGCUCUUAAAGUUCAUAACGAGUAUAGAAGACGGCACGGGACGCAGGAUUUGGUAUUAAAUGAAGAGAUGUGCAGACAUGCUCAAGAAUGGGCUGAUACUUGCGCGAGAACUGCCAGUUUACAACAUAGAGCCAACUCUCAAUAUGGAGAAAACAUUUUCUCUGUAUAUUCUUCAGAUUACAGCCACACACCAAGUGCCAGAGACGCAGUAAAGGAAUGGUACGAUGAAGUCAAACGCCACACCUUUGGAGUCGAGAAAGUUAACCAGGGAUCUUUACACUUUACUCAAGUCAUAUGGAAGGAUAGUAAGGAGUUAGGAAUAGGUAUGGCAAAGAACAAAAGAGGGCAGACAUACGUCGUGGCCAACUAUUCUCCAAGAGGAAAUUACAUUGGACAGUUUGUAGAAAACGUACCCAGACCGAGGUCUUGACGUACAAAAAGUCCGAAAAAAGUACAUUUUACUCUAUAAUAUCACAUAUAUUUUCUAUUACUAUUAUAUAGAUGCCAAAGAGUAUGUUUAGUUUAGUUGGGUUCUCGAUCCCGGUAUUUUUUAUUUGUUUGAUUUAUUUUUUACAAUUGUUUGUAUAAAAAUAUAUUUUUAGU